AUGUUCGGCCAAGACUUUGAUGACUAUAUCGGGGAAUCCGACUGUGAGGAGAACUUGAGCGAGCAUCCGAACACGGAAAAACGUCGUCUGAUCAGAAGGAAAUGCUCCAUAUCGCACCGGCGGCAAGGCGUGUCUGCCCACGGCGGAGGGUCGGCCUGCUCCACCCGCAGACUUGUCUUCAACGUCAGCGGCACGAGGUUCGUGGUGUGGGAGGACCAACUGGACAAGUUUCCCCGGACUCUUCUCGGGUCAGCCUGUCACCGGCUAGUUUUCUACUGCCAGGAGACCGAGGAGUACACCUUUGAUCGCUGCCCAAAGGUUUUUAAGCACAUUCUUAUGUACUACAACACUGGCGUCUUGCAUUUCUCGAACGAAGUCUGUCUUCGCACGUUCAUAGACGAUGCCGACUUCUUUGGAAUAUCCCCGGACCAGAGCCUCUGUAGUUGUUGCUAUGACAGAUUUGUGGACAGUAAGCUCUGCCUCCGAUGUCCAGUCGUUGACAAUGACAUUUCCUCAUCGAGUACCAGUCUUUCAUCCUCGUCUGUCAGAAAAAAGAUGUGGAAAGUGUUUCACGAUCUGUCGUCCUCAGUUUAUGGGCAUGCCUUUAGCCUGGUUGUGGGUUUCUUUAUUACAGUAGCCGUUAUCACGAACAUUGUAGAGACGAUCUCGUGUAACUCUCGUCACAAAAUGUCCUGUGGAGAAGCGUACCCGUGGAUCUUCGAAUGUAUCGACACCGCUUGUGUGGUCAUAUUUACCAUCGAAUUCUCCCUUCUCUUCGUCUCGGCGCCGAACAAGUGCGACUUCUUCAAAAACAUCAUGACUUUCGUAGACCUGAUGGCAAUCUUGCCGUUCUACUUGAGCCUUGUCGCCGGGAAAAAUGAUUCCAUCACUCCCUUGUUUCGAUCGUUUCGUGGAUUCCGUAUUCUCCGACUCGGCGCGUCCACACACAGGUUACAGCUACUCCUGAUGACCCUGAGAGAGUGCAUCAGCCAGCUCUUGGACAUCUUGUUCGCCAUGCUGCUUUUCGUUGUUGUUGGGGCUACAUUACUGUUCUACGUGGAAAACUCCUCGGCGACGGAAGGUUUCUCCAGUAUACCUGAUGUGUUCUGGUACGUGCUUGUGACGAUGAUGUCAGUAGGAUACGGGGACGCCGUGCCUCAGACCACCAUAGGGAUGAUUCUGGGCGGGUUGUGUUCUAUCUUUGGUGUGAUUCUUGUCGCCAUCCCGCUGACAAUCAUCGGGACUACGUUCAGCCGGGUGUGCAAGAAAACACAGGUGAGGCAAACCUGAGACAGUGGCGUCUGUAAAAGCUGGGUCGAAUAUUGACACUACAACAUGUAUUGUAUUUACAAUAAUCACAUGUAGUAUCUGUCAAUU